AUGUGUUACCUCGCAAGUUUUCACAAACCCCCUUAGGGGUCAGGGUAUGUCCUCCUCCCUCUCAAGCGAACUCCUCCCCCGGGUGCCUGCUCUCCGCACCCACUACUCCUCCCACCUCCCUCCUCUCCCUGCUCCAGGCUCUCUCUGUCCACACUCUCCAUGGAUUUUGACUGGCAAGUGUGGCCCCUGGUGGGUGGCUUCGGGCGUUACACCCGGCUGGUAGCCGCUGCCACCUGGUUGCCCAGCUUGGCCCUGGCCCUGGGGUUCUUCUCAGAGGGUUUGUACACCACCCGGCCAGUGUAUCAGUGCCCAGGGGCCACUGGGGUCACCAGGGAGCUCUGCAACAGCACUGUGGCCCCUCCAGGAAACCAUUCAGACAGCUGCCCCACUGGUUGGAGGUAUGACACCCAGGGCUGGCUGGAGAACAACAUUAUCACUCAGUGGGACUUGGUUUGUGCCAAUCAGUGGAAAGUACCGCUGGAACACAUCUGUAACUUGACGGGCAUGCUGUUUGGGUACAUCUUCUUUGGACUGAUAUGUGACAGAUGGGGGCGCCGUGCUGCCCUGAUUUCUACCCUGGUAACUGCAGUCCCCUUUGGCCUGGCCUUGUCCUUCUCACCUGGAUACCUGAGCUUCGUGGUCCUCAGAGCGGGGUUUAGUGCUGCACUGGCUGGGAUGUUUCUGUCAUUCUACAUAGCAAGGUUGGAGCUUUGUACCCCAUGUCACCGCCUGAUGGUGACUAUGAUCGGAGGGUUUUUCUGGGCUGCUGGGGAGCUGCUGUUGCCUGGGCUGGCAUUUCUGUGCUCCGACUGGAGGCUCUUACAAGGAGUCGUGACUGGAACCUUAAUGCUCCUGGGACUGUUCUGGUGUUGCCACUCGCUCUUCCCGGAGUCCCCACGCUGGCUGUUGGCCACUCAGCAGCUGGAGCGGUGCAAGGAAUCACUGUGCGUGUUUGCCAGAGCGAAUGGAGUGGAACUAUCAGAGGAGUUUAGCGGCCCGGGCAGUCUGUUUGCUGAGAUAGAUGCCUCCUGCGAAGGAUAUCCGCGUCCCCGAUAUUACAGCAUCUGCAGCAUCUUUGGGACUCGUCUUAUAUGGAAGAAUGCUCUGAUCCUUGGCUUCACUACGUUUAUCGGUUGUGGAAUCAGACCUUGCUUUGUGAGGAACCUGCAGACACUUGGCCCCUAUAUUCCUUAUUUCCUACAAGCUGGAAGUGAGAUUCUCGCCUGCAUCCUGCUCUGCAUCACCGUGAACCUCUGGGGCCGUCGCUCAGUCCUCUUUCUCUGCACCAUCUUGACGGGAUUCUGCUCUCUCCUGCUCCUCGCUCUGACACAGUAUCUCUUCAUUGGAGCGACAGUGGCCAUAUCUGUGCUCGGGUCUCUCUGUGCCCAUGCGGUGGUAAUGCUGAGCAUCUUUUAUGCAAGUGAAGUUCUUCCAACAGUUCUCCGGGGCUCCGGCCUGGGUUUUAUAAUAGGACUCAGUAUGGUGGGUCGGGCUGCAUAUCCCAUCAUUGAGCUCCAGCAGAAAGCCGGCUUCUUCUUGCACCACGUCGUCCUCUCCUCGUUCUGUAUUAUCUCUGUACUCAGCAUCCUCCUAUUACCCGAGACCAAGAGGAAGAGUCUGCCUGAAACUCUACGGCAAGGAGACAGCCUUCGACGACCACCACUUAUCAUACACUCAAAACAAGACUCCGUGCCCCUUCUUCCUCAUAGCAACAAGGCCCGCACUGACUACAACCCUGAUAGCUAUGCCCGUCUAGCAAGUUCAACCAAGAAAAUGAUCACAAGGGACAGAGUGGCUACCAAAAAAGGAAAGGAAAACCAAGCUUUGACCAAAGACUAAAGAUCGUGGCUCAGAAAACAAUGCACAGGAUUCUUGAACAUGGCCAAACAUGUGCACCCAGAGGAUUAGUUGCUCUUGAAGCUGAACAUUGAACCUGAGUUGUGUGCAGUAUCCUGCUUCGAUAGGCCCUGAGCGGUACGUUACUUCUAAGGAGCACAAGAUUUUUAUUGUACUUAUAAUAAGUGGAUUUGUUUAAAAAAAAAAAAAAAAAAAAAAGCUUUAUUCCUCAGGAUAUAUUCCCAAUCAUGCAGUAUUUAACAAUGCACUGCCACUUUUAUACUACAACCUGUUCCAUAACCAUUCUUUCCAUUUACCAUCUCGCACCACCUUACAGUGCAUGUCCUAAACUCAACAUUCCUGCCACUAGGUGAUGCUAUUGGCAGUACGUGAUCUGAUUGCCAAAUACUGCAUCCCAAAUGCUCAAUACGUAUUUCUUUAGAACGUUGCCUUACACCAACUUGGACCCAUUGCCCUCAACACUGGGGAGCGAAUGCGAUGGAGAAGUUGGAUUUCUCUCCAGGGAAAAGGCUAGUGUUGCAUAGACCUGUCUAAUGUAGCAAUAAAUCUACUGAAUUUGUUUAAA